AUGGGAGCAUGCCAAUAUUCAGCUUUCGACUAUGCGGCCCCGGCCCACCUUGUUGAGGACGACGUGCGAAGGAAUCGCGCAGAUCAGACCGUUGAGAACAUAAAGGCAGACAACAGCCACUCUUAUCCAUCAUUGCUUGCAAGGAGCGACGUGGGGGAAGCUUCCAACGCGCCGGAGCCUGAAGACUCGAAGGAGAAGUCUGUUCAAAAGUGCGUUGCGCCUGUUCGCUUCACAGGUGAGGACGGGCGGCAAGGGAAGCCAACACCGUUUUUGCCAAUCCCGAAGCGCUCGCGACCCUUGCAGCAGUCGGCUGACCGGUUGAUGAAAGCAUCCACCAAGGCCGGUACUUCCGGCACGGGACCGGGAGCCUGCAUGCGAGCCCCACGACCUCAGAUGGCGACAUGA